AUGGCAACCAGUACAAAUGAAGACGACGACUUGGCGUGGACGUUAGAGCAACGUCGACGGUUCUCAAUUAGUGAGUCGUCGUCCAAUGCACCGCGUAGAUCUAUCGAGCUAUCAGUCGAGAACUUGAAGAUGGUACGUCGUGCGUCGAUGCUCCUGUCAAAUCCUGCAGGUCCCGAAGCAGUGUUAUCACAAGCAGACAUCAAGAGAUUGGAGGGAUUGCAACGCUUUAACUCGAAAUACUUUGGUGCGGCACGACGAGAUGGUAAAUCUCAAGGCACUGGAUCUAUGUCAUCGAGUAUGGCUACUGAAGACGAAAAAAAAAAUCUCCAUGAUGAACAAAGAAUGAAUGUAAUCGUCAAGACAGCGCGAAAUCCGUCGCUGCGUUGGAUUGUCGAGGGCCGUCAAAAACUUAGAGCUAUCGUCAAAGAUCAAUGGUUUCGAGGAAUUUUGUAUUUUGUCGUAGUAGCGGAUGUGCUUGUGCUGGCUUUUGAUAACGAGUACGUCACGGGACCAGCAUUAGCGCAGCUAGAUAUCGCCUUCACGGUUCUGUUAUUAAUGGAAGUGGUUUUAAAAGUGGUGGCGUUUGGACUCUGGGGUCAUAAAGACGCCUACUUUCAACGCUCUUACUAUCGAUUUCUUCAAUUGUUUUUACUUAUAUUAAGUCUUGUUUCUCAUUGCAAUGGUGCAAGUAAUCAGUGGAAAGUGCUCCGUGGACUGAAGACCGUACGCAGCUUGACGCUUCAUUCUGGAUUGCGACGUAUUUUAAAGGCAUUGAUGCGUGCGGUGCCAUUUCUAGCUAAUGUCGGAACAUUAGCAAUGUUUGGAUUGCUUGCCUUUUCAAUUUUUGGCCUUGAAGCGUAUAGCGGAUCCUAUGACAAUCAAUGCGCGAUCUCGCUACCAAAAGAAUGUGAUAACUCAACAUCCUUGGCGUCUUCAGCAUCAAGAACAAUGGUGAUGGAAGCGCUAGCGACUAUUCCUCGAGCUUAUUGCUCUGCAAACUCGAGCUGUGCCUCAAACCAUCAGACGUGUCAAGCGAUGAUCCCGCCAUCGAGUCAUGUUAACUUCGAUAGUGGGUUAUCGUCCCUCUUUUUAGUAUUUCUUGUCGUGGCACAAGAUGGUUGGGUGACAGAUAUAAUGAAACCAGUGAUCGAGUCAUCAUCAUUUUUAAGUGUGCUCUUCUUCAUAGCCAUUGUCGCUUCCAUGGUGUUUCUCGUAGUUAAUCUAUUUGUGGCUGUCAUUACUACAGCAUUUAUGAAUUUCACGCUAGAUUCCGAGGGUGAGAAGGAAAAGCCGCAUUUUAUGGGCAAACUCGACCCAGCAAUGGAAGAGACUCACGUGAAUAUGAUUAUGGGUGCAACGCUCGUUAUUGAGGAUACGAUAAGUGGUGAAGAGGCUAGUGGUACCAAGAUUGACACCGAAUUACCUACUAUAGAUCGAAGUGGUGCUUCUAUUAGCGAUGAUACUAAUGAUGAAACUGCCAUUGCUGAGCAAAAUGCUUCUAAUUCGAAGAAGAGGAUGACGGCGACUGUGCCGACCGUACAUCAAGUCGAAGAAACAUCUUCAUUACAACCAUGGAAAUAUCGUUCGGGAAGUGCUCAUGGUUACAAAAAGUCUGUGAAUUGUAAGGAAGAUUAUGUGAAGUUACUGACAAAGAUGCGUCAGUGGCAAUCUCUUCGUAAUCUCACGGUCGAAACGACAAUGCACCUGAUCCAGAAUGGCGUGCUUAUGGAAGAAGUUAUGGGACCUUUGACUAAGUCCUAUAAGAAUGGAGAUUUGCCCACUGAAAAUGCGAUGGGCCCACCACCGCCACUCAUUCCUCGAAAAAAGGCGCUAGCUAUGGAAUUGACGCCACAUUUUGACUUUUAUACGUCAACACACGCCUUAGUGAUGAAAAAUACAGAGUCCACUAGUCCACAGUUUGUCAAGUUUCAGCACUUUGUGCUGUCCAAAAAGUUCGAUGAUUUCAUUACCCUUUGCAUUAUUUUGAAUACGCUCUGCUUGUUGGUCGAGUAUCCAAACAUGAGCACUGAGCUUGAUUUGAUUCUUUCUAUAACCGAGUACUUUUUUGGCGUCAUUUUUCUCCUUGAAAUGACUAUGCGAAUCGUGGCAAUGCGAGGGUUGCGCGUGUACCUGAGUAGCACUGAGCGAAUAUUCGACAUGGCAGUUGUGUUUUGCACGACAGGCAAUCUCAUUCUUAACAACUUAGAAGCAAGUUUUAGUGGUCUUAACAGUGCAUCAUCUCUACGAACCCUUCGUGUGACUCGUUUAAUGAUGAAAUAUGAGGGCACUAGAAAGUUAAUCCAGUCGGUGCUUAAAUCUUCACGUGGAGUAAUGAAUGUUGUCAUGUUUAUGCUCGUCUUUCAAGUCGUUAAUAGUAUUAUUGGUAUGCAGCUUUUUGGUGGAUCACAUCUCGUCGGAAAGGAUGGGGAAGUGCCACGUUGGAAUUUUGAUACGUUUGGGCGCUCGUUUUUGACGUUGUUGCAGGUUAUCACGGGCGACCAAUGGUCCAGUAUCACGUACGACGCUGUCGAUGCUGCCCAUCCACACUGGCUUAUGGUCCCUUUCCUCAUUCUCAAUUUUAUUGUUGGUCAGUACGUACUCCUUAAUCUCUUUAUUGCUGUCAUUCUCGAAAAUUUCUCAAUUUCGGAAGAAGAAGCAUAUCAGCUUCAAUUGGCACAAAUUAUUGCCAUUCCUAAAGAGCUUGACAUAUAUGAAAAGAUUGAGGAAGUGGGCGUGCGUGCAUUUGGCGAGAUGGAUCAGCUUGAGAACGUUAGCAAUGUCAAGUUGCGUCUGUUUCUUGGCUUGGACGAUAAUAAGAAAGAUGAGAAUACGGGUCAGUCUGAUGUCGAGUCUUCUAAUUUUAUCAGUCGAAUAUCUCAUAUGAGUCCUCGGGAUGGUUUCCCAUCGACUCAUGCCCUAAAUCAGACAAGAAUAAAUUAUCGAUCGACUCCACACCAUGUCCCUGCAUGGAAAAAGCUAUGUCGACAUGUAGCAAUGAACAUUUGGUUUUCACGUCUUGUACAAUUUAUGAUUUUGGUGAGCUGCAUUUGUCUCGUUUUGGAUGAGCCGUAUCCCGAAAUGAGCGUGUCACCGCCAAGUAGAUUGUUUGAUUUUGCUUUAUUAGCUUUUAGUAGGAUCGCUCUUGUAGUACUAUUUGUCGAGUUUGUUGUCAAAGUGGGUACUUUUGGAUUCGGCAUUGAGUAUCUGCGGUUGACCAUUUUUCACAGCGAUGAAAUGUUGGGCUAUGUCCAUCGCCAAACAUACAUGGAGAACAAAUGGAAUCAACUAGAUUUGGCGCUGCUACUGCUAGCAGUAGCUGACGAGAUCAUCACGACAAUUAACCCAACAUUUACACUUUCAAGUGUCUUUCGAGCUGGUCGUGUUUUGCGUCCACUUCGAAUGCUGAAUCACAAUCACGAAAUGAAGGUCAUUUUAAAUGCUGUAGCUCGUUCUUUACCGCACGUUGGAAACGUGUUAGCCUUGUGCUUGAUUGUCUACAUUAUCUUUGGGAUUGUAGGUCGGUCACUUUUCUCGGAACAAUUUUACUUCUGCAACGACAGCCAGGUGGCAAGUGCGGAAGAAUGUGUGGGGUUCUACUUGGCCUAUCCAAAUGGCGUCCUACCUUUUCAAGAAGUCGUUGCACGAGGGGUACCAGGUGGUGCCGUUUUAACGCCACGAGUGUGGCAGAACGCACGUUUUAGCUUUGAUAAUAUUGGAGCCGGAUUUCUUACACUACUUGAAAUGACUUCAUUGAAGUGGGUUGACAAAGCGUUUGCUGCCAUGGACAUUGCUGGCGUUGGUAAGCAGCCAGUGAUGGAUGCCUCUGCUCAAGCAGCAAUCUUCUUUGUCCUAUAUAUUUACGUUGGAUCUCUUUUUGUCAUCCGCCUCUUUGUCGGUGUGCUUGUUGAGCAAUUUCAACGCAACAAUGGCACAGAAAUUCUUACAGAAAGUCAAAAGUCUUGGGUAGACCUCGAGAAAUUCAUUUUGCUGCUUAAGCCGCUAAAGAGCAUUCCGCGGCCUCGAAUGAAAAUGCAAGCGAAGCUAUACGAUCUGUGUAAGCAUCCAUAUUUUUCGACCGGAAUCUCCAUUGCAAUUGUUUUGAACCUGGUGCUUUUACUGGUCAGUCCAAGAUCAGCAGGUGGCACUUCUUUAUCCUUUAAGAUCAUUGAGAUUAUCUUUUUGACGAUAUUCACUCUCGAAGGAUUAAUCAAGUGCAUUGGUCUUCGCCAGUAUUAUUUUUUUCAACCGCAAGGCAUGUUUGAAGUUGCAAUUUUGAGUGGCUCUAUUGUCGCCUAUUUUUUUGCAACGGGUUACCAUACAAUUAUUCAAGCCGGACGAGUCUUUCGAAUGAUGCGCGUACUACGCUUCGUGCAUCUUAAUCGCGGAGUGUAUACCGUAUAUCAGACGUUUCGCGCUUCACUUCGUCCACUAGGACAAAUUUUCUUUCUCAUGUUCAUGAUAUACUUCAUCUUCGCAAUCGUGGCCCGACAGCUUUUCGGAGGCGUGCGGUACGGUCCAGCGAUGAAUUCAUUCUCAAAUUUUCGCUCAUUUGGCUCAGCGACUUUAUUGCUCUUUCAAAUCAUGUCGGGGGACGAUUGGCACCUCACUAUGACCGAUUGUAUGAUUCAAAAACCAUUCUGUGCAGAGCGAAUAAGCGUCACAACUGGUCUUGUGUACUCCGAUUGUGGAAGCAUAGCUGCUUCUGCACUUUUCUUUGUCACUUACGUCACCUUGGUUGUUUUUGUCUUUCUUAAUCUCUUCAUUGCCGUCAUCCUUGAAAACUUUCGAAGCUGCUACCUCAAGAGCGAUGUGUGUGCCGUUUCGUUGCUCGAUUUUGAGGCUUAUCGUGAGGUUUUUUUGCGCUACGACGUUAAUAAUUCUGGAUACUUUCCACUGUGGCAGCUCGCAAGUUUUCUAUCAGAACUACCUCCUGGCCUUCGAGUUAAUGCUCACCGCGAUCGGAUCGCAUUUCUACAGCUACGUACCCAAGCUCAAGCUCAGUGGGGACCGGCUCUCGAUGGACGCAAACGUCCAUAUUUUAAUGAAUUGUUGCGAAUUUUGUGCAUUCAUCAGUUAGGCAUUCGAUCGCUGCCUUACGAACAGCAAAGAGAUCGAGUCAAACAGAUCUUUAUCUAUCGAGCAAAAGUAGCGCAAAUGCUCGUCGACUCGUAUGUCAAAGGAUAUAUUCUGCGAUGGAGACUCCGACGAGCCCGCUUGGCUCAAUUGGCUUUACUGAAAGUUGACAGGGCGACGUCGACAUGCGACGACUUAAAUGAUGAUCAUACUGAACCAGCAAAAGCUCAGACUAAAGACGUGGAAACUCAGACAGGCUCAUCGAAAGAUCGACAUCGUCACCAUCAUCGACAUCAUCGCCGAAAGCAUCAGAAGCAUUCCGAAGAGCACGAACAUAGGCACAAAAGAUCUUGUCAAGUUUCAAUGGGGCAUGAAAAUGGAAUUUUACAUUCUCCUGAGCAAUUUGAAGCAGAUCAAAAUUCACGAGAAGAAAAGGCAGAACGUGAGUCGAAUUUUCACAUUACUUCUACAACCUCAACUCAUGUCUUGCCACCAGUGGUGAUGAAGAAACACAUCUUGGAUCCUAUUGUAUCAAAAGCAUCACACUCUGCCAAAGUAUGUCCGUCCUGA